AUGGGCGAGCUCCCGUUCUUCAGGGCGCACACAGCCUUGCACCCGGACCACCUGUGGAUCUGGGAGAGGUCCGUGUACGUGGACGAGAACCAGCGCACCUGGCUGCCCAUAACCAUCGAGACGGAGAGUAGCCUCCAGGUACUCAUGCGUCAGGAGGAUGUGUCCCUGGGGGAGGCUGUGUGCCCCAGCCUGCUAGCCCCAUGCCCGCUGCCUUCCAUGUGGCAGCUCUACCCUGGAAGAAGAUACCGAGGCUCAGACUCGAGUUUCUGGCGCAUAGUGUACCACAUCGAGUUCAGUGGCAAGGAGGACAUGCUCCUUGAGCAGCUGCCGGACCCGGAAGAUGAGUGA